AUUACGGUCAGACAUUGUUUAAAUAAAGUGAGUUUUGAGGACGUUACGUGGGUGCGCCUUUGUAAACUGUCCGACCACUACCAUUAUUUCCACAGUUAAACGUACUACGGAACUGGGAGCGAGUGGGACCCACUGAGACAUGGACGAGCUGACAACCCCCGUACGACAACAACAUAAGUUCGAUGUUGGCAGACUCCAAAGAUAUUUGUCUGUCAAGUUAAGCAGUGAAACACUUACUGUCAGACAGUACAGUGCUGGUCAGUCGAACCCAACCUUCCUGAUCCAGACACCCACAAGGAGCUAUGUUCUCAGGAAGAAACCCCCUGGUGAGCUGCUGCCAGGGGCUCACAAGGUGGACAGGGAGUAUCUGGUGCAGAAGGCCUUGUUUGCUGCUGGUUUCCCCGUGCCUCAGCCCCUCUUGCACUGCACUGAUGUUGAAGUCAUUGGGACGGAGUUCUACUUGAUGGAGCAUGUGAAGGGGCGUAUAUUCAGGGAUCUGCGUCUCCCUGGAGUGAGUCCAGCAGAGAGAGCGGCUCUGUAUGUGGCUGCGGUGGAAGUGUUGGCAAAGCUACACUCACUGGACCUGGCAUCACUGAACCUUGAAGGGUAUGGGAGAGGACCAGGCUACUGCAAGAGACAGGUGUCCACCUGGACGAAGCAGUACACCGCCGCAGCCCACAGAGACAUUCCAGCCAUGAAUGAACUGUCUGAUUGGUUGAUAAAGAAUUUACCAGCCAAUGACAAUGGAGUCACACUUGUCCACGGAGACUUCCGAUUGGAUAACUUGAUAUUCCAUCCAACAGAGGCACGUGUGAUGGCUGUGUUGGACUGGGAGCUGUCUACCACUGGGCAGCCUCUGGCGGACCUGGCCUACUUCCUUAUGCCUCACUACUGGCCCAGAGGCCUCAAUGUUGUCAGCACAAUGGGCAGCUUAAAAGGAAUAGAGGGUAUUCCAACUGUGGGUGAUCUGAUCUCCAUUUACUGCAGGUGCCGGGGGAUCCCAGCUGCUCUGCCACAGCUGAAUUUCUACCUGGCCCUGUCUGUUUUUAAGAUGGCAGGAAUUGCCCAGGGAAUCUAUGCUCGCCACCUGCUCGGUAAUGCCAGUGCGCCAAAUGCAGCUCAGUUCAGCCAGUGUGUGGAGCCCUUGGCCAAGGUGGCUUUGCAGCUUGUGCGGAGGUCUCUCACAGGUCCAGCAGCAGCAGAAGAACACAGCCUGUUCCUCCAGACAGCUGAAGGUCAGGCUGUUCUCCAGCAGGUCAAAGACUUCAUGAGACAAUGUGUGCUUCCUGCUCAGGAGGAAGUUGCAGAGUACUACUCCAAACAUGCUCAGUCUUCACAGAGGUGGCACACGCCCCAAAUAAUAGAGGAUCUAAAGGUGAAAGCCAGGGAGGCAGGCCUGUGGAACCUUUUCCUGCCUGCAGUCAGUGGUCUCAGUCAGUUGGACUAUGCUUAUAUUGCAGAGGAAACUGGACGCUGCUUCUUUGCCCCUGAGGUCUUCAACUGCCAGGCUCCUGACACAGGAAAUAUGGAGGUGCUGCACAUGUUUGGCAGCGAGGAACAGAAAAAGAAGUGGCUAGAGCCUCUGCUCAGAGGAGAGAUCCGCUCCUGUUUCUGUAUGACAGAACCUGAUGUGGCCUCCAGUGAUGCGACCAACAUGGAGUGCACUCUUCAUAGGGAUGAAGACAGCUAUGUCAUAAAUGGCAAGAAAUGGUGGAGCAGUGGUGCUGGCAACCCCCAAUGCAGAGUGGCCAUUGUGAUGUGCAGGGGCGGUUCUCAGGAUGUUAGCAGCAGGCAUGGCCAACACAGCAUGAUCCUCGUACCUAUGGAUACACCGGGUGUGAAGCUCGUCAGACCACUCACUGUGUUUGGGCAGGAUGAUGCUAUCCACGGUGGCCACUUUGAAGUGCACUUUGAAAAUGUGCGUGUCCCUGUCUCCAACAUUAUUCUGGGAGAGGGCAGGGGAUUUGAAAUUGCCCAAGGUCGUCUGGGGCCAGGCAGGCUGCACCACUGUAUGAGAGCUGUUGGACUGGCAGAGUUGGCGCUAGAGCUGCUCUGCCAGCGGGCUGCAACCAGGCGCACAUUUGGGAAAAAACUGUACCAACAUGAAGUUGUUGCCCACUGGGUAGCAGAGUGCCGUCUGAUGAUUGAACAGACCCGCCUGCUGACUCUGCAUGCUGCUCAUGCACUGGAUACAGUGGGCAGCCGGGCUGCUCGCAAACAGAUUGCUAUGAUCAAGGUGGCAGCAGCUAGGAUGGCCUGUAAGGUGGUGGACUGUGCCAUACAGGUGUAUGGAGGUGCAGGUGUGUCCCAAGACUUUCCACUGGCACAGAUGUACUCGUAUGUGCGGACUCUGCGCAUUGCUGACGGACCAGAUGAGGUGCACCUCUCCUCCAUUGCUCUACUAGAACUGAGGGAUCAGCUAAAGAAGGCACAGGCAAAACUGUAAAGUAAUUACCACAUCAGCUUCACUAAACUGCAAAAAUUACAUGACAUUACUACAACAUUUUUGCCUUAACAAAAUACUACUUUGCCAGAAAGGGAGAUUUGGAUGAUUUUUGUGAAAUAAUAAUUUUGGUAAUUUAUUACUUAAAUACUCUGAAUGUAAAUAAGACUAUGGAUUGUAAUUAUAUAUUAUACUGCAAUCAGACUUUUGUUAAAAUCAAAUGCAAUAUCUCAUUAUGGUUCUGAAUGUCACAAAAUAUUACACAGAUUAAAAAUGACACUUGUUUAUUA